AAGCGUACGGCAACAGUAGAGCUGUGUGACGACUGAGGUUGUCCUCCAGAACAGACCCAAAGGAACCUGAGAAAGACACGAACACAGAUCUGUGGGUGCCAUAGGAGAAGGCAACAUCAACGCCCAAAAACCGACAGAAACUUGUAAGAGAGAACCAGUUAACAAUUACUCAGUUUGCUGAUGCAGAAAAAGGAUUAAAAGAAACUCUACUGGACAAAUAAUAGAAGAACAUAAAAUUGCAAAUUCAUUGGAUCGGAAGGAAUAUUUGUAAAGGUUUAGCAGAAGAAUUUUGUUGAAUCACCUAAUUCAGAAUCCUGAUUAAGUUCCAUGGAAGAAGAGCAUCAAUAUUCUGAAAGUAGUGAAGAACUACAGACCCAGAAACCGGAUGGAGAAAAUCAACAGUUGCAGCAUCGAUACCAAAUACCUGGAGCUGAAGAGAAACUAGUAUUACAAUUUAUGGAUUCAGUGCAUAACUACUUAUCUCUCUUUGAUACAGUGUCCUCCACACUACGACAGGGAUGGUUUGACUUGGCAAGUGCUCGACAUUCCAUGGGUGCUGCUCGUAUUAAUAGUUCUUUAUUGGACCUGAAAUUCCAUUCAGCUGCCACAACAUUGAAGAUAACCAACCAUGAUGGUACACAACCAUGCUUCAUGUUGCGUAAAUGGGUAUCCUCUGAAGAAGAGAGUACUAACGAGUUAGAAGACGAGAAUGUCCAGCCACAAGAUAGUAGUAGUGUGAAAUCUUCCGAGGUGAUCAUGGCUAAGAAUUUCUCAGGACUUGCAGAUAAUGCUGACAUUCAAAAGGAGAGAUCCAAGUCCUUAUCAGUUUUUGGAGUUUUAAUUUCGCCAAAGCUUCGAGCCUCUCAGCUGUCAUUUGAGAAAGCACUAGAGACACUCGUAGAAAUAGCUAAUAUGCAAUCAUCAUUGUUAUAUUCUUUUCACCAACUUCAGAAGGUGGAAGAUGCCAAAGAAUGAAAAGUACCAUACCAGCUCCUUGUGGUACGUUUAUAUAACCUUA